UACUGGAAAGAUUACAUGAAUUUUGGUAUCUCCCCCGUAUAUUUUCACUAGUCAGCCAUAUUUUAGUUAGUACUCAAGGUGAAUUUUUUGAGAAAAUUAUCAUAUUGUGGCUAAGUACGCGAAAUAAAGUAAUGAUAAGUGUUACGGUAGCUGUAGGUGUUACGAGUCGAUCAUGAAAACACUUUGGAACACAUGACUCCGAGAUUGCUCUUGUUUGAAAGAGAUGCUGAUGGAUUCAGUGUUAGCCUGUUGUCAAUCAUCAAAUCGUACAUAAUGUGUAGUUUAAAAAGUUCUCUCAGACGAGUACAUUAAUGAUGAAAUGUCUGAACUGUCAAAUAAAUUGGAUAAUCAACCUGGUACCGAACGAUUGCGUACGUUAGAAUCGUUGUUUCUCGAUGGCCCUAUCAGAGCUGGAGAUAAAGGACAAUGCUUUAGCAUUGAAACGCUGCUCGAUAUUUUACUCGUUUUGUACGAUGAAUGUUGCAAUUCUUCGCUUCGCAGGGAGAAAGCUGUCUCGGAUUUCAUCGAAUUUGUAAAACCGGUAGCAACAUGCGUGAAAAACCUUCGUUUGAGCCGGGAUGACUUCGAAAUUAUCAAAGUCAUCGGCAGAGGAGCCUUCGGCGAGGUUUGCGUCGUACGUAUGCGAAAAACCGAUAACAUCUACGCUAUGAAAAUCCUCAACAAAUGGGAAAUGCUGAAAAGAGCUGAAACCGCAUGUUUUCAAGAAGAACGAGACGUUUUAGUCCACGGUGAUCGAAGAUGGAUUACGAAUUUACAUUACGCUUUUCAAGACGACACCAACUUGUAUUUAGUGAUGGAUUAUUACUGUGGCGGCGAUUUACUCACCUUAUUGAGUAAAUUCGUGGACAGGUUACCGGAAGAUAUGGCGAAAUUCUAUAUCACCGAAAUGGUGUUGGCCAUUGACUCAAUUCAUAAGCUUCGUUACGUACACAGGGACAUAAAACCGGAUAACGUUCUAUUGGAUGCAAAUGGGCACAUCCGUUUAGCCGAUUUCGGUUCGUGUCUGCGUUUGAACGAAGACGGAACGGUGCAGAGUAACGUUGCCGUCGGCACCCCCGAUUACAUAUCGCCCGAAAUUCUACGAGCCAUGGAAGAUGGCCAGGGUAAAUAUGGACCCGAAUGCGAUUGGUGGUCGUUGGGCGUCUGUAUGUACGAAAUGCUGUACGGCGAGACUCCCUUUUAUGCUGAAUCUCUAGUGGAAACUUAUAGUAAAAUUAUGAAUCAUAAAAAUUGUUUCGAUUUUCCUGUCGAUACCGGAUUUCAUGUAUCUGACGAAGCCAAAGAUUUGAUUAGAAAAUUAAUUUGUACGUCCGAAUUUAGAUUAGGCCAAAAUGGUAUUUUAGAUUUUAAGAAUCAUAGCUGGUUCGAAGGCGUCGAUUGGGAACAUAUACGAGACAGUACGGCUCCAUAUAUUCCAGAAGUGUCUAGUCCAACUGAUACGAGUAACUUUGAUGUGGACGAUAUGGAUGUCAGAUUGUCCGAUGCUCUUCCACCGGCUUCCGCUAGCUCAGCUUUUUCAGCUUUGCAUUUACCAUUUGUAGGAUUUUCAUUUACUCAGGGCAGUCGAGUUUCAGAUUUACGUGGCCAAGGAAACACGCAACCUGAAUCUCGAGCUGGUAAACGUAUCAGGCUUUUACAAGAUGAAGAAAAACCAAUUAAUAAUAAUAAUAAUGCCUUCGAACAAGUAAAUGGCAGCGAAAACGUAGGAGGAACUAAUAUACGCCAUCUUCAAGACGAAAUCAACACGUUAACGAAGAAAAAUUGUGAACUGCAAUCUCAAAUAGAAUUGUUGGAGAUGAGCCAACAAGAGUGUAAAGAUAACGACCUAUCUCAAUCGAUCGAUAAAAUUAGAGAAUUGGAGAAAACCGUACGUCUGCUGAAGCAAGAAAAAGAAGAAAUUAUCAAAGAAAAAUUAGAUACUCAAGAUAAACUGGCGUCGCAAGAGAAAGAAUUGAAAGAUGCUCUGAGUCAGAAAAAUUUAGCCAUGAGCGAGUAUGCCGAAGUUACGGAUAAAUUAUCAGAACUAAGACAACAGAAACAAAAAAUGUCGCGACAAGUUCGAGAUAAAGAAGAAGAAUUAGAUUUAGCGAUGAAAAAAGUCGAUUCUUUAAGGCAAGAGAUCAGACGAGCUGAGAAAUUGAGGCGUGAACUCGAGGCUAGGGUCGAAGAAUCCAAUGCUGAGGUUCUAAAAGAGAAAAAACUUCGUGAAAGGAAUGAAGAGUAUAUUAGACAGAUGAAAGAGUCUUCCAAUUUAGCAUGGGAUGAGAAAGAUGGAUUAACUAACGAUACUCAGUUAGAAAUUACUCGCCUAAAACAAGAAAUGGAAAAAUUGCAAGCCGAACAUAACGAAGAUAUUGCUCAACGUCAACAUAAAUAUAAAUUAGAGAUUAAUUCCCUCAAAGAUCAAUUACUCGAAUCCGAUGUCAGACGAGAAUCGUUGGAAAGAGAGUUACAUGAAAAUGUCGGUCGGAUUAAAAACGAAAGGAAACAGUUGGAGCAGGAUUAUCAGCAGCUUUACAACAAGAAGGAAGCUAUUGUUCAAUGGGAAGCGCAGAUAAAUGAAAUUAUUCAAUGGGUUGCUGACGAAAAAGACGCUCGAGGAUAUUUACAAGCCUUAGCUACGAAAAUGGUCGAAGAACUCGAGUAUUUGAAACACUGCGCUGCUUCUUCAUUCACCAAUAGCAGUACACCUUCUCGAAUUGAUCACAGCUGGCGUAAUCGCAGAAGUCAAAAAUUAGAGAAAAUGGAAUUAUUAAACUUACAAAGUAGCCUGCAAUCGGAAAUCCAAGCUAAACAGUCCAUCAGCGAAGAGCUAAGUAAAACUCGAGCCGAAUAUAUCGCCGCGCAGAAAGAAUUACGCGAUCUGCGACAACAAUACGAGAACAUGGCUCACGAACUGAAACGCAAAGAUAUUAAUUUAAAGGAAUUACAAACGCGUUUGGAAACCGGAGACGGAUUUUUGGAACGUCCAUCAUCUCAAAUAUCAUUUUUGGAACAUUUCUUGAACAACACAUCACUAACAUCGAAUGCCGACAAUAGUUCAUUAAUGAACGACCGCUAUCACAGGAUGGGAGGUUCGGCCGAAAGUGAAGAGGGUGACAUCGAAGAUAAUCGUAUACCAUCGAUCGAAAGUAGCAAAUCAAAUUUAUCGGAACUCAGCAACGCGAACGAUUUGGGUCGGUGCACGUCUCCUACCUCGCUACACAGCGCUAAGCAACAACAAAUGAGUAUGGAUCCGAGAAAAGGCAACAUGCAUAAGUUUUUAAUUCGCACGUUCGCAGCUCCCACCAAAUGUAACCAUUGUACGUCGCUAAUGAUCGGAUUGACUCGUCAAGGAGCCGUAUGCGAAGUAUGCGGUUUCGUUUGCCAUAUUUCAUGCUGUAGUAAAUUACCUACUUUGUGUCCUGUGCCACCGGAUCAAACCAAACGACCUCUUGGUAUCGAUCCUACGAGAGGUAUAGGUACUGCGUACGAAGGAUACGUCAAGGUGCCAAAAACCGGAGGUGUUAAGAAGGGAUGGUUAAGACAGUUCGUGGUUGUGUGCGAUUUUAAACUAUUCCUUUACGACAUUUCGCCCGAAAGGAACGCUUUGGCUUCGGUCAACGUAUCUCAAGUGCUCGAUAUGCGAGAUGAAGAGUUCUCUGUGUCAUCAGUUCGAGAAUCCGAUGUAAUUCACGCUACCAAAAAAGAUAUACCUUGCAUAUUCCGUAUUACGACAUCGUUGAUCGAUGGCAGCCAUGAUUUAAAAAAUUAUACCUUGAUGUUGGCCGAUACGGAAAGCGAAAAAACUAAAUGGGUAGUCGCUCUCAGUGAACUGCAUCGUAUUCUUAAACGAAAUAAUUUACCAAAUACGAUGAUAUUCCGUGCCAAAGAAGUAGUUGAUAAUAGCGUGUCAUUUGUGAAAAGCGCCAUGUCUGCUGUCAUCAUCGAUCCGGAACGUAUCGUUGUGGGCAGCGAUGAUGGUCUUUACUGUAUCGAUCUUGAUAGAUCUGAAAUUAUCAAAGUAGGUGACGGUAAAAAAGUCUACCAGCUGGAGUACCUGAAAGAAGAACAAUUACUCAUCGCUCUAUCCGGCAAACAACGUCAAAUUAGAUUAAUCGCUGUUCGCGCAUUAGAUGGAGACGAAGUCGAAUGGAUCAAAAUUCCCGAAAGCAAAGGCUGUGGAACGUUCACCACAGGGAUCAUCAGACGUGUGCCUCAUUUCACGUACUGUCUUUGCGUAGCCAUCAAGAGACAAAACACUUCGCAAGUUAUAAUUUACGAAAUUACAAGAACGAAACAGAGACAUAAGCGACUUCGUGAAGUCAUGUUACCAACACAAGCGCAAACUUUGCGAGUAUUCACUGAUGGACGUCUCUGCGUCGGAUACCAAUCCGGAUUCAGCUUGUAUAGCAUCGCUGGAGAUCACUGCCCUAUUUCUUUAGUCCAUCCUGAUAAUCACGUCAUGGGAUUCUUAUCGUAUUCUGCGGUAGAUGCUUUACUAGCUGUUGAAUUAAACAGAGGUGAAUUUUUACUCGUCUUCCAAACUCUAGCCAUAUACGUGGAUUCGCAGGGACGCAAAUGUCGCGAACGCGAGAUAAUGUAUCCGUCGAUUCCGCUCGCCGUCACUUAUUGCGAUGGUCACUUGAUCGUAUACAGUGAAAGCCAUAUCGAUGUGUUUAAUGUUGAGACCUCCGAUUGGGUGCAAACGCUCAAUAUUAAACAUGCUCUACCUCUUAAUACCACCGGAUCAUUGAGUUUGUGUACGUUGGUGAACGAUAUGCCGAAUAUCAUAUAUUUGUGUAAUAUACAUCAAAGAGAAUUGUUGAAUUUAUCAUCGUACGAGAUUCGAAGAUCGACGACGAGGAGUCGAAGGAGGUUUUCCAUGAAGGAAGCUCAUAAUCGCACUCCUAGAGGCGUGGACAAUAGAAGAUCAAAGAUGAUAUCGGCGCCUACCAAUUUCAACCAUAUUAGUCACAUGGGUCCUGGCGAUGGUAUCCAAAUCCAGAGACUGUUGGAUCUUCCCACCACCAUCGAAACUGCCGAUGCUGAUGUAUCACCUGUAGUAAGUCAACGAGAAUUAGGCCACGGAGCUUCGUUACCGAUGAAAUUGAAUUAUAAUAUCGGCCCAUCUCAUUCUCCUGCUCCGACUGCAGCCGCUCACGGAUACCAACAGGGUUAUGCCAGUAGUCGAUCAGGAUCCAGUCAAAGACGCGUACCAUCGAUAACCAGAAGGUCUAAUUCUCAUACAAACGACACGCCACCACCGCAUCAGCAUAAUUAUCGCCAUAAUCAUCCUCAUCACAAUACAUCAUCAUCAUCAGAAAAAACACCGCCAUUUAUUUCUAUGCUACACCACAGUGUACCCUCACUCCACGAUUACAAAGUACACUCAUACACUCGAGAACGCAGUUUGAGCAGUGGAGGAGGUGAUAGUCCUAGACAUUCGAUCGCCUCGAAUAACAGUAGUAAUCCUAGUACGCCACCCAGUCCUAGACAAGGAUCUUCUAGUUACGAUGAUAGUUAAAUCAUCUCCGCAUAGAAUACUCUUUUAUUUUAUAUAUUCAUACGCAUCUGAUAAUUUUGUUGUAGUCUUUUUGUAUUACCGAUUCCUGUUUUCUGUUUUUUUUUUUAAAUUUUCAAUUCUUUAUCUAUAUUCGCUCAGCUGAUCGUUUUAUUUCCUUCCUAUCUUUCUCUUUUAAAUACCUAUUACCUAUCUAUUGAUUUAAGACUAUAUAUAAAAUGUACUUAAGUGCUACUAACAACCUUUUUUUUUUCCAAAGUGAAACAUUAUUAUCGGUACGAAUAUUCGUAUUUUUUUUUGGCUCAGCUUGGAUUUUUUUAUCCUCGUAGAAAUCGUAAUUUUACCUCAUCAUUAUUUUUUUCGCGACGUACUCAUAUCUCGACUUCAUAUCUUGUUGUCUUUAAGUUGAACUCGUUGUUUUUAAUUUUUUUUCUUCGGUUUUCGUAUGGAAUACGCUUUUAAUUUUUAGUCGUAGAUAAGGUAUUUUUUUUCUCCAAAAUUAUCGAUUUAGUGGUAUUGUAAGAGGUCAAUUAGUAAAUUACAGCCUUUUUCAGCUCGCUUUUUACUAUGAUAGAAGCUUUAACGAGUAUAUAUAUAUACCUAAGCAGCGCGUUAAGUUUAAAAUGACUGAACUUUUAAGUAUUUUUGUGCCCGGGUAUCGAUAUACACAUACAAUACAAUGAAACGAAUUCGUACCCAACGAUUCGUUGUACCUACCUACUCGUAUUAUUCAUCAAAAUUUUUAUAAUUUUGCAAUUUUUUUUACCAGUGUUUUUAAUCUCCCCAUUCCCCUUCCCUGAUCGGACAAUAAGAAUUUUUUACGCGUAAUAAUCUCUCUCUCUCUCCUCUGUUUAUUGUUUUGUUUUCGCGUUCGUUCGUUCGUUCGUGUAAUUGUUCGUUGCACGCGUAUGUAUCUUUUUAUCUAGAUAGAGAAAUUCGAAUCGUAGAAAAUGAGAUUCCGAUUAAAUGGUAGCUAAGCUGUGAUGCUGGAUUCGUUCGUAAAUAUUUUUGGUAUUUGGCAAGCAGAGGCUUUCUGUGUAGAUAUAUUACUCAUUAUACUGUGUCGUGUUGAUUUUAUUCAUUAAUUAUUUUUUUUUCUCUCUUCUGUGAAUUUAUCUUGUGUAUAUUUGUACGAUGAUACGAUUAUGAUUAUGAUUACGAUGAAAGCGUGAAUGUGUUUAUGUGUUAGUGUUGUUGUUGUUGUCGCUAAGCUAAGCUAAGCUACGUAGCAUGUGUGAAAAAUCAGCGGCGCUGUGUGCCUUUGUUGUUGAAAUCUGUAAAAGUAGACGAGAGCUCCGAAAACUUGAAUAAUUAUUUUUGCAAUUAAUUGUGAUAAAUACCUACAUAUAUGUGUAAUAGAUACGUAAUAUAACGUUGUUUUGAAGAUGCUCCCUUAUCACUACAUAUUCUUCUUUUAUUUUGUCUGCCAUCUCGAAUACUAAGUACAUAUACCUAUAAUUUCCCUCGCUUUUUAUCAUUUUUUUGUGUAUUGUGUGUGUGUGUGUGUGUGUGUGCUGUGUAUGUAUGUGUGUAGAUUUAUUAAUAAUAUAAAUAAUGUGUAGACGUUGACGCACCUGAAAAUAUUAUUUAUAUACGUGUUAUUUAAUUUGUAUAAUCGUAAUUAAGAUGAAAAAAUUUAAGAAUUUUCCUAAGUCAGAACGUUUUUUCUUUUUUUUUUUAAUUUUUUCAAUUUUGCAUUUUACUAUUUAUUUGUAUACGUUUACAUACCUACCUAAGUAUUGUACUUAUUACUAUUAUUAUUAUUACUACUACUAUACUACAAUUAUGUACUUGUGUAUUAUGAGAUAUAGUACAUUGAUAUUAUACAGCUGUCGAAGAUACAACAACAAAAAAAAAAAGCCUAAUUAGCGUACGGCGAAUAUUGUGUGGUGAAUUAUAAAUAAUAAUUAUUAUUAUACGCGUGCAAUAUGUAGGUACUUUUUACUUUACUUUACGUUUUUUUUUCUUUUUCACCUUAAAUGGUAUUGUUUUUUUUUCUCAAAAGAAAAGAAUAAUGAAAAUUAUGUAGUCACGUUUAUAUGUAUACCUUUGUUCGCUCUGCUCUGUAGUUGCUACGUAUAAUAUUGAAUUUUUUUAUAUUUUUGGUUAUUUUUUUACUUACGUAAUGCGUAUGUUCUUCGGAAGUACCAGUUUCACGUCCGAAGUCUGAUAUUAAUUUAGAAAUAAACGAUUUAAGAAAUUUAAA